CAAGAAACAGCCACUCGAAGAAGCAGCGGUAACUAUACGGGCUAAAGAAAAGAAAGAAGAGGAGUCAAGACGUGAGAGAGUCGUUGUGGUGUAAGUGAUCACACACAUAGAGAACGGAAAUGGGGUGGAUAGGUGAGACGAUGGACUCUAUCAAAUCCCUUCAGAUCCGCCAGGUCCUCACCCAGGCCAUCAGUCUCGGCAUGAUCGUUACUUCUGCUUUAAUAAUUUGGAAGGCAUUGAUGUGUAUCACUGGCAGUGAGUCCCCUGUUGUUGUUGUACUUUCUGAAAGCAUGGAACCUGGCUUCAAGAGGGGAGACAUCUUGUUCUUACACAUGAGCAAAGAUCCUGUUCGUGCAGGGGAGAUUGUUGUUUUCAAUGUUGAUGGUCGCGACAUUCCAAUUGUCCAUCGUGUAAUUAAGGUCCAUGAAAGGCAAGAUACUGGCGAGGUUGACGUCCUUACAAAAGGAGAUAAUAAUAAUAAGGACGACCGGGUUUUGUAUGCUCAUCGCCAGCUCUGGCUUCAACAGCACCAUAUAAUGGGCAGAGCUGCAGGGUUCCUACCUUAUGUUGGCUGGGUGACGAUUAUCAUGACUGAAAAGCCAAUUAUCAAGUAUAUUCUUAUUGGUGCAUUGGGGUUGCUCGUUAUAACAUCGAAAGAUUGAAGAAUGAAGCAAUUUCAAGUCGUGGUUGAUCUCCAAUCAAAACCGUUUAGCGGCUGCUGUGCUCUUCUUGAAUGUCCCUUGUAUCAUUGUAUGUUGGGAGUUUUAAUUAAUGAUAGUAAACCAGAAUAGUUGUUUAAGAGCGAGUGUUUUGCUUUUUCUCUCAAAUCUUUACCCAAAAUGUUGCACCUGUGAUAAUCUGUUUAGGGAGGCCGGAUAAAGGAUACAAUGCCUUGCUACUUUGAAGGGAAAGGUACUGUAGAAAGCCUUAAGGAUAUGAUAAUUUAGGAAAAUUAUUUGUUAA